GGGGUGCAACCGAUCCCCAGCCCCGCCGCUCCCUCCGUCCCUCCCGCAGCCCCACUACCCCCUUCUCCUCUGGAUCGGACCUCGCUACCCCAGCCGCUCCUCGGGCUCAUGCUUCACUUGUCCCCAUGCCGGUGCUUUGCCCGUCAGCAGGCGAGUCUCUGCCCUUCGCUCCCAGGACUCCACUGCCAGUCAGCCUCGCCCCCUUCUCCCCGCCCCGUCUCUUCCUGUCCCUGUGGGGCUCCCCAGUCCCGAACGUUCCAUUAACCCUGGAUUGGUCCUGGCGAUCAUGACGUCAUAGCGCCCCCCUUCCAGACAGCUUCUCAUUUGUCCCUAGCACCAUUGUUACGUCACAAUCAGCCCACGAUUUACUCAGGGGACCGUACUUCCCACUCUUCCCCCCGCCUUCCUCCGCGCGGCGCCCGGCCCUUUCCUCACCGCCUCGCUCUGCAGCGUGACAGCGCCGGCCGGCAGCCGCUGCCUCCCUCCUCCCGCACCAGCUGCCGCCGCCCGAGGCUGCUCGCGGAGUGAGGAGAAGGUUCUACGAUGGAAUCCCUGGAUCAAACAAUCAAUAGCUACCUGGAUGUCUGGCUCGGGCCAAGAGAUCCCAGAGUAAAAGGAUGGCUUCUUCUGGAUAACUAUACACCUACAUUUAUCUUCUCUGUCUUAUACUUAUUAAUCAUAUGGAUAGGACCAAAGUACAUGCAGAAUAAGCAACCAUUCUCAUGCCGGGGAAUUCUAGUGGUCUAUAAUGUUGGACUUACGCUACUGUCAUUUUUUAUGUUUUAUGAGCUGGUUACAGGAGUAUGGGAAGGAGGAUACAAUUUCUUCUGUCAGGACACACACAGUGGAGGUGAAGCUGAUAUGAAGAUUGUACGUGUCCUUUGGUGGUACUACUUCUCCAAACUCAUCGAAUUCAUGGACACCUUCUUUUUCAUUUUGCGAAAAAAUUAUUACCAGAUCACUGUUCUUCAUGUCUAUCACCAUGCAUCUAUGCUGAACAUCUGGUGGUUUGUUAUGAACUGGGUGCCUUGUGGUCACUCAUACUUUGGUGCCACCCUUAACAGCUUUAUCCAUGUCCUGAUGUACUCCUACUAUGGAUUGUCUGCUAUUCCAGCUAUGCGCCCUUAUCUGUGGUGGAAGAAAUACAUCACUCAGGGACAGCUGAUACAAUUUGUCCUGACAAUCUUCCAGACAAGCUGUGGUGUUGUUUGGCCAUGUGCCUUCCCUAUGGGAUGGCUGUAUUUCCAGAUCUCCUAUAUGAUUUCUUUGAUUAUCCUCUUCACAAAUUUCUACAUUCAGACUUACAAAAAGAAGGCAUCCUCCAGAAGGAAAGAAUAUCAGAAUGGCUCUACAGCCGCUGUGAACGGGUACACAAACAGCUUUUCUUCCCUCGAGAACAAUGUGAAACAAAGAAAACAAAGAAAGGAUUGAAGACCAAACUGAGAAACCAUUUUGAUACCACAGACAACAAAAUAAUCUGAUUGUAAGCACAAUAAGAGUUGUGCACUGAUACCCUAAUAGCUACUGUAACUAUUCCUGCCUAGAAUAGUGCGAUUUAUGUAGGACUUAACCUGUGCAAACGCCCUAGAAACUGUAUACAGUUAAAGUUAAUAAUUCUAGGCAUCACUGACCCCGCUAUAGACUGUGGAAGGGAGUAUUAUUGUAGUAUAUGACACUGCUGUUGCCUUACUAGUGAAUAUAAUAGGUGCUGAAUUAUGAUUCACAGUUUCAGAACACUGUAAUCCAAACUCAUGUUUUUUACUGUAGAUUAUGCAUGUGAUUGUAAAUGUAAUUUGUACAAUGUUGGUUUCAGUAGGUAAACACACAUGCCUUAAAAAAAAAAAAAAUUAAAAAGCAGGGCCCAAAGCUUAUUAAUGGUUUCAAAAUUAGGGUACAUUUCAACUUUGAGUUGAUUGACUUUUUAAUAAGUCAUUUAGAAAAAUCCAUUGAUCGUUUUACUGUACUGUAUGUGACCCAUAAUGUUAAGUAUCUCCUACAUGUUACAGUGAAAUUAGAAAUAGCGCCUUCAGUUUUGUAUGUUUGGCUUUAAUUGACUAAGCAGUCACAAUCAAGAUGGAAGUUUAUUUUACCUUUUUAAUAGAUCUUAUUUUUUUAUUUUGCAUAUGUCACUAAUGCUUAAGCAGUCCAGCAAGACUUAAAUAUUAAUUGUCUCUAAGAGUUAGGGAAUAUACAGGGAAGGUACAUCUUGGUUUUUUACUUCUGUGAAUUGUUAAAUUGCAAAGUAGUUUUUAAUACUGGAAAGCGUGCCAGUUUCAAGCAUUGUGGUACCAUAGCCAUAUUCAUGUUUCAGAAGUGACUGGAUAGUCUAUGACCUUAGUAAAGUUCUUUUCUUUUAAAAAUGAAGAUAAAGGAUGCUUUUCAAAUGUAAUUAUUCAUAUUGGCAUUUGUAUUGCUAUUUGUGUAGCAUACUUUGUCAUUCUUAAAAUGUGCCUAGCUCACAAAAAGAUAUUUUUUUUCCCAGAAAGUAAAAUUAAACAGAUCAAGUCACACAGACAUCAAAAAAUAAACCUUUGGAAAUGUGCUGGAGAUGAGUGUUUUGUUUCCUGAGUGUAAACUGUGUAGAUCACCUGUAACUUUUUGGCUUAUCAACAAAUUUUGUUUAGAACUGCUUGUUAAAAUUCCUAUUAAUGUAAAAUCUUGCCUUGCACACAUGAGGAGACAGUUGCAAAGCAGACAUCUAUAGCUGGUAUGUUAUCUACUAACGUGGAGUUUAGAUUAUGAAUACUUUUAUUCAUUUGAGCUCAAAACAUUUAACUAAUCAUGCAAGACAUCCUGUUGGUCAUUUGCUUAAGUUUGUAUGUUAACUAUUUUUUUUGAUAUUUAUAUAAAUAUCAGAGUUUUACCGUGUUUAACUUUUUAAUUUUUUGCACAUCUGUUAGGGAAAUAAUGAGUUUUCCUAUUAGCUUUGGGGGUUUUCUUUACUUGUUUUAAAGGAGACACAACAUCUGUUUACAUUUACAUUAUCAAAGCUUGUGUGUCUUCAUUUCUAGGUACUGGUUUGCACAGUCUUUACAUAUUUCAGUACAGCAGCUGUAACGUUCAAAAUACGCUAAGUGUGCUAGAAAUAAACCCUUGGCUCAUCUGAAUAUACCUACAUUGUUAAUAUUUGACAUUGUUUAAUCAUUAAAACAUUUUUGAUUAUCUCUGCCUGAA